AAUGAAGAAGUUUCAUAGCAGCACAUGUUGUGGAGAAUUGAUAUACUGAGAAAGUAAUACUCAUAUAAAUUUGAGAAGCUCUGAGCUAUAAUAAUAUCUUCACAGUCAAAGAAAAUGGGUGAAGCUACUGAAGAAUUGCCCAUGUCUACAACACCUCCAAGACCGGCCGCCACCGUAGCUUCGGUACAUCAUCCGGUAGCUGCGCCUCCUGCCCAAUACCACUCCCCGUCUUUGACACGUGUCCCGCUCCUCCCUACCUCGGCCGAAGACGGUGGUGACCACAUAGAAAUUACAAACACAACCUCCAAAACACCAAAAUCCUUGACACCUAGAAUUAGGACCCCCCGCUUCAUUACUCCUAUAGGAAGCCCUAUUAGAAGGGCUCUCCAACUCACUAGGCUAGACCCUCAAGAUGCUUGGCUUCCAAUCACUGAGUCAAGGAACGGAAAUGCCUACUACGCUGCUUUCCACACUCUUUGUUCUGGCAUUGGAAUUCAGGCUCUUAUCCUCCCUGUUGCAUUCACCAUUCUUGGCUGGACAUGGGGAAUGAUAUGCUUGGCCGUGGCAUUCGUAUGGCAGCUUUACACCUUGUACUUACUCGUUCAACUUCAUGAAUCUCCUGAAACUGGGAUACGUUACUGCAGAUAUAUUCAACUUUCAGAUGCAACUUUUGGUAACAAGUUAUCAAAGUUCUUGGCCCUCUUCCCAAUAUUAUACCUCUCUGGAGGAACGUGUGUGGCGUUGAUCAUCAUAGGAGGGUCAACCUCUAAGAUGUUCUUCCAGACAGUGUGCGGUGCGACGUGCACCACCAAGUCGUUGACGCCGGUGGAGUGGUACUUGGUGUUCACAUGCGCUGCCGUGCUUUUGUCACAGCUGCCGAACUUGAACUCAAUCGCUGGUGUAUCGCUCAUCGGGUCUGUCACGGCGGUCGGCUACUGCACUCUGAUAUGGGUGGUGUCUGUGGCCAAGGGCACGCUUCCUGGUGUGUCAUACGACCCCUUACAAGAAAAAACUGAUGUUGCUCACUUUUUUGAUGUGCUCAACGCACUUGGAAUGAUUGCCUUUGCUUUCAGAGGUCAUAAUCUCAUACUCGAAAUCCAGUCCACAAUGCCGUCCAGUGAAAAACAUCCAUCAAGGAUCCCAAUGUGGAGGGGGGUCAAGUUCGCUUAUUUUGUCGUAGCAAUGUGCAUAUUCCCCCUUGCAAUAGGAGGUUAUUGGGCAUACGGCCAAAAGAUACCAGAACAAGGGGGUAUGCUAACAGCCUUGUAUGCAUUCCACUCACGUGACACAUCCCAAUUCAUCUUAGGCCUAACGAGCUUAUUCGUGAUAAUAAACGCCGUGAGCUCUUUCCAAAUAUAUGGCAUGCCAAUGUUCGAUGACAUGGAGUCACACUACACCAGGAGGAUGAAGAAGCCAUGCCCGUGGUGGCUCCGCGCCGUUUUCCGUAUUAUGUUCGGAUAUGGAUGCUUCUUCGUGGCCGUGGCCAUUCCAUUCUUGGGGAGCCUGGCCGGUCUAAUUGGAGGGAUUGCCUUGCCUGUCACUCUAGCUUAUCCAUGUUUCAUGUGGCUCAAGAUCAAAAAGCCAAAGAUGUAUAGCUCGACAUGGUUGCUCAAUUGGGCACUUGGCCUCCUUGGUAUGGCUCUAAGUGUAAUUUUAAUUGCAGCCGGUGUUUAUGUCAUCAUUGACACAGGUAUUCAUGCCAAAUUCUUCAAGCCUCAAUGAGAAGUUGGGUAGAGAUAUAUACUGUAAUAUAAGAUACCUGAAUAUUUUUAUACAUAUACAUGCUAAAAUAUGUAACGUGUAACCAUUCUUUUCUUCCUCCUUGUUUGUUUCUACUGAAAAAAAAAUGUACAAUUGGCUCUACUCCAAUGGUUUUCUAAACAAAAAGCAGUAAUAUUGAAUUUAUUAUACAUCUACUUUUUCAUUA